CUUACGCCGCUCGUACUGCCGGCAGUGGGAGUCUGCGCCAUACUAGUAGUCUGUUUUGUUUCUUCGGGCCAUGCUGGAGACCGUGUAACGGCUGUGGUAUGACAUCUUCUUCUCUUUGCCUUCGUGCUAGCGGGUAUGGUAUACAUGCAUGCAAGAACUAGUAGUGCAUCUUCUGAUUGAAUGUUUGCGCUGGUGAGAGUUGAGCAGGUUCAAUUGCCCCGGGCGUGUGCUCAGGCUCGCAGGGCGACCGUUUGGCCCGUCUCGCCAUGUUUGUGAAACUUGGAUACGAGAAGGCCGAAGAGUAGUUUCUCUAACCCGGAUGCAUAUCGAACGGGCCUAGCCAGCAGGCUCAGGAGAGAAUCCUUCUACGCAGUGAACAUAACAGAAUGUUGGGAGAUGAUGGCGACGACCAAGCUACAUACUGUUACGCCUGUACAGUACCUUUUCCACAGAACAGACCAACACCUCAACAUAGCGGCGGACAAAUCCUCACUUUUACCAACAAGCACAGAAUUGGUCCGCAACAGGAGUGGCGAGCAUGGGUGUUUGAAGCUUCGUGGCCUGACAAGCAGGAGCAAAGAGCCCGAUUUGCUUGUAUUCAUCCCUUAGUUCUGCACAGACUCGCUGCAGUUUGCAGUUGCACCUGCAGGAGGACUUGAAACUGAAGUCGACAAUGCUGCGUCACCUCGAAUAUUUUCUAGCCCAUCUGCCAUAUUCGAGAGACAACAUCUUACUCCUUGGAGGUACAUCGCGAGUGCAGCGAGGCGAGAUCAGAUCAUCGAUCCAGGCCUUCGAUGCCGUCCGGGUCACCGCAGCCGUAAACGAGGAUGACAGCGGCCUUUCAGGGCUGGAGAAUACUCAAGGACGGCCACCCUAGCCCAUGGUCAAUCGUUUUAUUUCAAGGGGCCCCGGUGUCCAGGGACUACAGCGAAGGCUGUCGUCGCUUCAACACUUAAGCAGGCAGGGAUGCAAGGUUGAGAGAGAGUUUCUCAGCUGCUAACUGGUCAAGAGCAAGCAUCAGCAGUCAUGUAGUCAACAGGGAGCAAAAAUGAAGGUGGGUAUGGUGGUGGAUGGUGAAUGAGAUGGGGCCCCUCUAUUGCACACAAGGAGGACAAUCGAUGUAGGUACAGAGCAGGAUGCAUAAAAAAAAGCAUGGCUCACGCUGCCAGUGCGCAGGCGGAGCAGCGACACUACUUGGCAGCCUUCGCUUGUUGCCAGUGGAUGCCUGCAACUUGAACUGCACGGCCCAUGAUGGACAGUUUGAUGUGAGAGAUGGACAGACGUUGGGAAAUGCCGCCCAACUGUAGUCGGUCGGUUCGGCUGGUUCAGGGCUGGUUUAGGCGGCGCGAAUCGCUCUGUUGUUAGGGGCACCUUGUAGUCUGUAGAGGGGCAUUAGGCGGCGCUGGCUGGGUCUCUCACGCACCUCUUUACCCACCCUGCUCAUCAAGUCCCUACUCGGCUCAUUUUCGCCGCUGGGCUUCAGGUGGUGCUGGGGCAUCCUUUACACUCCCUUGGCGUCCUGAGGCACCACUUGCCACUAGUCUUCCGGCUUCCCCUCCGUCAUCUAUCGAUCUGAUCACUGAGAGGCUUCCGUUUCCUGCGCUCCCUCCCAGUGUUGUCUGUCGUCUUUCCCAUUUCAAAGUCCCAGAUUACAUGUCUUGCGUCCGCACGACUCAACACUGUUUCCGGUUCCUUUUUGUUUAAUGUGUAUUUGCUCUCUAUUUCUUUUCUUCUAAAGACAUCUAAGACGCUUCCACCUAACAUUGUCCACCAUUUGGUUUGUCACAGUUGUGGUACGAAAGCUGUCGAUUUCUGAUCCCAAACCUCUUUUCACCAAUCUCAAGUGUCGCGCGACUUUGAGAUUUCCGGCGGUGGUUAUAUUGUCCUUUCUCACGUCCUCAAAUCUGCUUAUUGUUCCUGGCUCUCGCGGAGUCCCUUGUCCUUUCCCCAUCUCUUCAGUUUCGCGAAAAUACUAGCCGUGUCACUACAGGCUAGGAGGGUGCGGUGGUUUAAUAUUGUGGGGAUAGUCAGAUGGCACACCUGAACCACUAUCGAAGACGCGGCUACUGAAUGGAGGCAACAACCAAGCAUAAUAGUGUCGUUGACUAGAGGAGUCUAUGCCCAUUGCUGGUGCUUGAGGAUAGGGUUGUCGGGAUCGGGCUUCAAGCGAUGUCGGACAACAUAAGUCCUAGUAUAACAUGGGCACCAGAUUUGCGGCAAGCAAGGCACAACUUGGAGUCUGCCAGGAACAUAGGUGGUUUAAGUCGGUUCCAGUCGCGCGACAAUGAAGCUAGCCUACAAGAGCAGGAGAUGAGCAAUGGCCCUCAGAGUUCUGGCGGGGAUUCCAGUGGCACUCAGCGCAACACGCCAACUGCCUUGUCUGCUCAUGAUCCUGCAGAUGUUGUUGAAGAGAAUGCUUUGGAUCCCCCGGAGGCCAACAUUCGGCAGGGCGGCUUGUCAGCCAGACAACAGCAAUCGCUCCCAUCCUCUACGCAGACAUCCUCUCAAUCAUUAAAAUCCUUGGCCGAACGCGAGGCCGAGCCAGGAACUACCUCUGCGAUGGCUAUGGUUCAUCGCGCGCUCUCCACGAAGUCAACACAUAGUUUUGCUCGACGGCGGCGUACUUCCCACUCAAAGUCCCUUUCUCACUCUCUCUCAACCUCGAAACGAUCCGUCAACAACGAUUAUCCAACCUACCCUGACCAGUCCUUUGCAGCCUUACAGGGCCAGUUUGCUGCCCCUAGACCUGCUCCUCCUCUCCGAACACGAAGCUCACAUCCUGCUCAAAAUCUCCUCUACAACGAAAUGUCGACCUGGGCGAGGCCGGUUAGAGACCGGCAAUCUGGCUGCCCCGGCACGAAAACUGCAGACAAUACACCCAUUUCCAGUCCUGGCUUGUUCAACCCUGAAGCCCGAGUACCUUCGUCAUCCUCUCUUACCGAGCUCGGCCCUCAACUCCAUCAUCUUCAGGCACCGAAAGAAACACAUACUGCCGAAAUCGAGCAUGAUACAUUUUCGGGGAACAAAUUCAUCAACAACUAUGAGAUUGUCCAAGAAUUAGGCCGCGGCGAGCAUGGCAAAGUGAAGCUUGGACGAGAUAUUGAAAAAGGAACUCUGGUCGCCGUCAAAAUCGUCCCGAGAUACUCUGUGAAGAGACGUCUCGGUCGGCUGGGCACGCCCGAGGAUCGAACCAAGCGAGAAGUGGCUAUCCUGAAGAAAGCAAGACAUCCCAACGUCGUCAGUCUCUUGGAGGUGAUCGACGACCCUAGCAAGAACAAGGUGUACUUGAUCCUUGAAUAUGUGGAGCGCGGUGAAAUCAAAUGGCGCAAGCGAGGUGUCCGUGAGAUUUUAGCGGUCAACAACAAUAGGUUUACGCAGGAACGUUUGGGCAUCGAAGUGCCCCUCGAACCAUCAGAACGGGACCUGUUCCAUGUCAGUCAAGCCAGACGGCGGCACGAGCAAGCAGAAAGGGCGCGAAUUGCUGCCUCGAACCGUAUCCCCAACUGGAGUCUUGAACAUGGAGGAGAGGAGUGGGAUGAUGAGGAGGCCUUCUCGGACAUCUCUCGAUCCGGAUCUCGACAUUUCUAUGAGUCAAACAACCCUAGCCGGACCCAUUCUCAUGAAGACUAUGCUGAGAUGGCCUUGGCUGGAAGUAUGUAUGGUGCCUAUGCUCCGGAUGCAUACCAGCCCAAUCGGAAAUUCAGUAUCGCAGCAAGCGCUGUCUCGCACAUGUCGUCGGAGUGGAACUUUGACGAGCACGAUGACGAGCAUUCCUACGUCCCUGCCAUGACACUCGAAGAAGCUCGACGGGCAUUCCGAGAUACGCUCUCGGGCCUUCAGUUCUUGCAUUUCAUCGGUAUCAUCCACCGUGACAUCAAACCAGCCAACCUACUUGUGUCCAAAGAUGGCACAGUAAAAAUCUCGGACUUUGGUGUCUCCUACCUUGGACGUCCAACGACCGACGAGGAUCCCGAGAACAAGCUCACGGAAAACGAUGUGUCGGCGUUGGACGAUGAGAAAGAGCUUGCACGGUCUGUUGGAACGCCGGCAUUCUGGGCGCCUGAAUUAUGCUACGAGGACCCAUCCAUGUUCGAGGAGAAGAAUGGUCCGAAAAUCACCGGUGCCCUCGAUCUGUGGGCCUUGGGCAUCACUCUGUAUUGCAUGGUGUAUGCUCGCCUACCAUUCUAUGCGACAGAAGAAAUGGGACUUCAUGAGGCGGUCUGCAAGGCGGACGUUUUCUUGCCGAAAACUCGACUCGUCCCUGUGGACACGUCGCGGGACAAACCUUCUUACCACGUUCCAGCUUCGAUCAAUAGCAACAAGCGGCUUGAUUACGAACUCAAGUUUGAGCCAGUACCGGAAGCCCUCCGCGACCUGAUCCGAAAACUCCUGAUCAAAGAUCCUGUCAAGCGCAUGACCAUCGAGCAAGCGAAAGAACAUCCGUGGGUGGUUGAAGGCAUCCGCGACCCCUCACAGUGGAUCAAAGGUCCUCCCGAGCUGGAGAAGGAAAGCAAGAAAAAGAUUCUGGAAGUUGAUGAAAAAGAACUGUCCCAUGCUGUUGGCAAGAGGAACAUCAUCGAACGAGCCUUGAACACGGCAGGAAGACUUGCAGGAAGUCUGCUGGGCAGAAGCAACACACGCAAACGUGCUCCAAGCGCUGCAACAUCUGCAGCCAGCCAUUCCAGUGAUUCGGUCGCGUCGGUGGCACCGUCGAUAGCGAGUACGGCGGGAAAGAAUGAGCGCGAGAAGAAGCGAGAAGCUCGACAGAGCAGCCUUCGUGGCGAUGAAUUUCUCACUGCGCUGAAGACGUCCCGAGAGAAUACUGAGCAUCCUCUGGCACAAAGCCAAACCGCGAGUCCUGACACAUCUCCGCAUGAAACCUAUUUUGCAAACCCCCUUUCGGCACCCAAAGCUGCAUCAACGAGCUGUAGCCCGAUGGUGGAGCGCGAAGGCCGGCCCCGGGCGCCUGCCAGAGCGAUUUCGACUCUCUCGACUACCGAGUCAGUCAAGACAAUUCGAGCCUCGCAGGUGCAAAGGCCACCUCUACAAGUCUCAGAAUCAUCGCCGUCGAUCGCCCGACCCAUUUCCCAAGAAAGAGGUCUCAAAGCGAGAGUGGAUGGCCUAUGGGAGGGUACUGCGAAAACGUUGGCUAGACUGGGCAGCCGAGACCGUCGAUCUCGCGCAUAUGAACAGUCCCCAACCUCCAGUCGUCAGUCGUCCGACGGUGAUGCUCACACCAAACCUAGUAUUGCCGUGAGCACUGCUUCGGCUGCAGGCGCCAUUGAGCUACCAGAAGCCUUGAAAACACCCGCUUCAUCGGUUGAUGACAACACAGCACCCCCACUUCCUCAGGUGCAGACCGCUUCGUAUCCACGAGUGCCUUUCCAAGCACCCACUUCAUCCGACGAAGCUUUCGAGCAAGCACGGGAUCUCAAUCAACGUCGACUUAUUCGGGAAGCGCAUCUGCAAGCUGAGGCGCAAGCGGAGGCUGCCUCGAGACCUCAAAGUCGGGCCGCAGCCAACGCAUGCCCUCCAUCUCCGGAUGAUCUUGCAUUUCUGGACAAGCAGCGCGAUCAAGGCCCGACUGAACCGCCGGCGUUCUCCCUAGGGUUCUCAGCGCCCUCGGCAAGUACUAUUGCAUCUUCCGAAGACGGGUAUGGCACUAGCAGUGUCUCGUAUAGCAUGUCCAACCCCUGUUUCUCUGCCGAUUCCAGUGCGUCCUCGCCGCCUGGUGAAGGGUUUCUGGGUGCAGACCGUGGUAGAAUUCCGGCAAACGUGCCUGCUCCAGACAAGACCCUCGAACCCGAUUUCAUGCGAACCGCAGACACGGUCACCAAACAUGGCAGAUCUACACAGGUUGCCACUGGCCCUGCUCUUGAAGAUUGGCAGAACAACGGCUAUGAUUAUGAUCAUCAUGAAGAGGAUGACUCCGAUGAAGAUGCAAUGAUGAUGGGCUCCUCUCGAAAGAAGUUUUGAUGCUUCACAUGAGGCCUAUGAACACGAUUGCCGCCACAGUUUGUUUCAUGACUUUUCUUCACGAGUUUCACACCACAACCUCUUUUUUUUUCAUUCGAGUUUUGCUUGGUUCAUAGAUACCCUGGUUAAAACAAAGCAACGGCGUCUGCGGCGUGCUGCAAAGGUCGGCUCGCCAUUUUCUUGCGUUAUUGGGUUGGAUGCUGUCGAGAGUCACAGGGCCAGGACGACUAAGGUGGGAAGGCAUGUUUCAGCUGCAUUAAUGCGAGGAAAGCAAAAAGAAGAUCAGGGAGGUUUUAUCGAGCAUUGAAACGCACGGUGCAUCUCUCAUCGAAAAACGGCUGUAACAUCAAAGAAGGCUUGAGGAAUGAGAACCUGCUACCUUCCUCAAUCCCGGGCGUUAUCACAGGAUGAGCUCUUAGCUGGCACUGGGAGACUGGAAUAGCCACCUCAACGCAAACUGUUUAUAGCUACAAUGUAGGUCUGUCGUUUUCCUGUUGAAGCUGGUUCCCAUUUGCUAGGAUGACGACACUCGCUCAAACGUCGAUACAGCAUAUAACAAAAUCAACAUCAUGAAUCAAAGUUAGACCUUUUCUG